CCAAGUCUUAAUUGACAUAAUUACGCCGUUCUUCAUUCGGACUGAUGACUUUUACCAAUCACAAUGUUUUGAAUUGAAAAUUUUACAAGCUGAUUUGUAUAAACGUUUCUGGAUUAAAAAAUGUCUCUAAUCAUCAUCAAUGAAAAUUUAGUUACAAUAUAAUUUUAAUUUAAUUAUAAUAGAUCCUCAUGAACAUAAGAUAACUAAAAUGACUCAUGAUAAUGUUCAAGAAGUUGAGACAAUAACCUCAAUUGCGAAUGAGGUUUUGACUUGAUUUGACGAUGCUAUUUGUAAAAACUGCGAUAGCAUCAAAGUCCCUUAAAAGAUUAGGAACGACGUACGAUUGUUUUUUGUUGAACUGUUACCCGGCGGUGUGAUCAGUGACCAUGCCUGGCAUCGUUGUCUUCCGACGGCGGUGGUCGGUAGGAUCGGACGAUCUCGUCGUGCCGGGGAUCUUCCUGCUCAUCAUGCACACGAUCUGGCUGGUGGUGGUCUCCGUGAUAUAUGGCGUGAUGGGGGGAGGCAAGGACGUGUCAGGAUGCUGGGGGGAACUCAAGGAACACCUCAUAGGAUACUUCGUGCUGCUGUCAUCCUGUAUCAUCGUCGAGGCCUUCAUCGCGUACGUCGCCAUGCGAGGCACCAUCCUUGAUCCUGAGCCUCGGGCGUCCAUGCAGUAUCUUCUCUACGUCCGGCUAGUAUUGCUGACCGGGGAGCUGGUGUGGGUAAUUCUGGGCGUGGUGUGGCUGGCUCGACACUACCAAGCCUGCACUCACAACCGGGCCCGCGACGUCAUUCUUGGCAUCGUGGUGUGCAACUGGUGUGUGCUGCUGUCGGUUUUCCUCACCGUGUGCUGCACGUUCGACGCAGCAGGGCGUUCGUGGGUCAAGAUGAAGAGAUACCAGCGGUCCACGCGUCACUUCCCUGCCAAGCGCACCGACUCCGGUCAAGAUGUCAAGACCAAGCGUAGCAGAUGCACGUCUGGCAACGCCAACCGCAACUGGAGACACAGAAAAGUGAUGAAGGCGUAUCAGGACAGCUGGGACCAGCGAUGCCGUCUAUUGUUCUGCUGCAUCAACACAAGCGACUCAUACAGGAAUUCAUUUGGUGACAUAGCGCGGCUGCUGAGCGAAUUUUUCCGCGAUUUGGACGUGGUUCCCUCGGACGUGGUGGCCGGGCUGGUGCUACUGCGCAAGUGUCAGAAAAUGGAGAGAAAAGCCAUCGUCAAGAAUCCCAAGACCGACGUACGUCAGUUCCUGUCUGGGGUGCCGAUAACAGCCAACACCCGUUUCCUGCAGCUUAAUACUCCAGAAGGUGAUGCAGAGUUUCGCAAGAUUUUGCACUACAUGCGUUUUGCCCUCGCGGUCUACGGCUGGCUGAUGUACGUGAUGCGCGCGUCCACAACCAAAGCCGCCUGCCAGCUGUGUCCUGAGCUCAGGUGUUGGUCGUGCGCACAGAGUGCCUCCCCCGACGCACCUCACGUAGUGGAGGACAACUGCUGCAUGUGCAACACAGCCGCCCUAUUCAAGAUGGCGCCCGCCGAGGAUUUGGAUCUCGUUUACGCGACCUUCCACGUCGACAUCGGUGAAACUCCCUUCUUCGUGGCGCUCGAUCAUUCCAGGAAAGCCGUGGUUAUCAGCAUUCGGGGCACCCUGUCCAUGAAGGAUAUGAUUACCGACCUCAAUGCCGAAAGUGAACCGCUGCCAAUGGACACAGUCAAAGACGACUGGCUAGGACACAAGGGCAUGGUGCAGGCAGCAGUUUACAUCCGCACGAAACUGCGGGAGGAGCAACUGCUGGAGAAAGCCUUCGCCCGGGACCCUGACAGAGGGACGGACCGCUAUGAUCUGGUCCUAGUGGGACACUCGCUAGGUGCCGGCACCGCGGCAAUAUUGGCAAUAUUGCUAAAACAGCAAUACGCGAACCUCUGUUGCUUCGCGUACUCACCGCCCGGCGGACUGCUCAGCAAGCCCGUGCUUGAGUACACGAAGGCCUUCAUCACGUCGGUGGUGGUAGGGAAGGACGUCGUGCCAAGGAUCGGCCUUCAUCAGAUGGAAACUCUGAGGGCGGAUCUUAUCACGGCAAUACAGCACAGUCAAGAUCCUAAGUGGAAAACGAUAGCCUCGACGAUGCAGUGUUGCGGCAGCGGCGCCCCGCCGGUCAUCGAAGACGAGGCUGAAGGACCAGCCGAGCAAUGGUCGUCUAGUAGGCGUAAACUCUCCCGUAACCCGGCCAGCCAUCCCUCCGACGCGACCAUUGAACUCACCGUGCACAGGCCCCUCUACCCUCCUGGCAGGAUACUGCACGUCGUGCGUCACCAUCCAGGACCUGGACCCUUUCAAAAUCCGAGUCAAGGAAGUCGCUGGAGGCGCAGUGGCAAGCCAGUGUACCAGGCUGUGUGGGUAGACAACGAAGACUUCGGUGAAGUCAUCAUCUCGCCUUGCAUGAUCCAAGACCACAUGCCUGAUAAAGUCUUGGAGGCACUCGAGCUGGUUCUGGAAAAUCCUGGUCCCGCGAAGCCUCAAAGGAAGCAGUCAACGCCUGACGACACAUGGAGAACUUCCAGAGCUUGUCGAGACUUGAGGCCUUGUGCUUCGACGGCUCAAAGUCCGCAAAGUCCUUUAUCCCAAGACCAGCCGGUGCUGAGUCACUCGGUAAGCCAGCCUUUAAGUCAGGCGUACAUUCAAACCCAGAACGGCUUGAAGUUGAGUAACACUCCUCCUCACAAGCUCCAGCUUGAGACGUCAUUCACGUGUUCUCCGGUCACGUCACCGAACCAGAGACCCGACCUGAGGGUGCAUGCCCUAGCACACGCUCUCUCCUGGGAACUUGUGUCUGCUCUGGAAGAACAGCUGCUUGCGUCUGGAUUCCCAGCGGGGUACCAAAUAGGUUGCCCUGAACUGCCUAGUGGUCCCUGGACCGGCCAUGCUCCACUGGCGUCACCUGAAACCCUAAGUGACGCAUCCAGUAUAUCCUCGAGGUUAUCCGUUGCUCUUAAGGAAAUAUGGAAUAACAAUAGCAAGACUCCGUCACCACCCACGUCCCUAACAGGGUCUAAAUCAAAACAGGUCGAUGGGGCUAUGAUGACAGUGGUCAAUGAAGAUAGUUCGCUUCCUCUGGUAACUAGUAGUCCGAAAAUUGCUCCAAAGACUAAGUCUGCGCCUUUAGGCCAAGGCUACUGUUUUUAUAUUGACGCUCCUCCGAGUCACGAGUCUGACGUAAAUAUGGUUCAUCCUCCCCUUGCAACCCCAACACCAGAUCAGGUGAGAAGAUUUUCUCCUUCUCCCCCACCCCAGUACAUUUCCAUUAGCCCCAUUUUGCCGAGUUAUUGUGAUAAAGCAGACACCAAGGAACAAGACAAAAUCAAAGAAACUCUUGAUGAACUUUUCAGAAGCAUUGAUAAACCGCCGUUUGUGAUAGAUCUCGAGGACGAGCGAAACCCUCACGAAAUGUUGACACCCACAAGCAUGACGCACAGCAAAGAAAUGCAGAGCGAUCAAUUUGAUUGCAGUUCUGUUGAAGGAUUUUUGGAUGACGAUGUUAAGAUCUAUGGAAGUAGAGGAUCGUCACUGAGCCUAACGAGAGGCAAGACGGAAUCGCAAGAUUUGACUACGUCUGUCAUGUCCCGAGAUUCUGGAUACGUCGAGAGAGGAACAAGCGGCCGCCAGAGUAACGGUACCCUCGCGGACGGGACAGAAGAAAGCGAGGUGGGCGUCGGCGAGGUUCUUUUGGAAUUCAAGACAUGGGGAGAUACUCAGCAGGAAUACGGUCGUGGCAGUGGGCCACCAAACUUGCCUCAUUACGCUUACAAUGGAACAUCUCAGGAACAUUUGGCCGCUGACCAUGACCCAGACGAUUCUGUAACCUUCUGUGAAAAUGAGAUAGCAAUAAAUCAAAAAAUUGACACCCGUGACCAUCCACACAACGGGGAAACUCCUUUACUUCACGCUAUUAAAAACAAGAGAAAAGAUGUAGAAACAAGUCUUUAAGUUAUAGUGGGUGAGCAUUUUGCCUCCAUGACCUUAGAAUAGAUCCGUAGCCAAAUACAUGCCAAGUUUUUUGUACCUCGUGUGAAAUGCUCAAAUGUGCCACUAAAGUGUUCCCAAUUCGAUCUUCCUACCACAAAUCCUGUUUGCACCUGAACUUAGGUGUCUUGUAUCCUUCUUGCAUUCUAUAUCAUAUUCUUGCUAUGGUAUAAUAAGCUUCAUUGCUUAGACCUGUCUGUAUUGAAUGCUCUCGUACGUCUUUGUUUUAAAUAAGAAGCAAAUGAAUGUUGAAUUGACAACAUUGCCACAAUAUUAUCCAUUCUCGGUUAACUAAACAAUACUUUGAUUCAUUUUGCCGACAUGAAUGAAUGCCCAUUGGAAAGUUGGGAAAUACUAUUAAACUUUAUUUUAAUUUAACAAAGCGCAUGAAAAUCAAGGAGUUACUAGAUUAUUACUCGAAAAUAGGGAAUACGCACAUACAAUUAUUUUAUAGCAUGAUUUUGUCAUUGGAAAUAUAAAUUGAUAUCUUGUAGAGGGACAGUGAGAUUACUAACAUGUGGUCUAAAUUUUGUAAAGGAAUUUUAUUCUUUAACUUCCAAUAACCUAAAAUAACCGAAAUCAAGACCAUUUCAUUUAAAUUUUCAUGGAUAUCAUACAUAUUCCAGUCAUUAGGUAGGAAAACACUUCACCGAAUUCGGCCUAUACUUUCAACGAUUCCUGCUGUCUUUCUUGACGGCCUUUUCCCAGUGAUCUAUGAGGAAUUUGGAUGUUAAUUAGUAAUUAUUCAUCUGUAUUUGGCGUCUAGACAUGUUGGCUUCCUAAAAAUCAUGGGAUGAAACUUGAAAGAUAAAUUCGAUUCAAGGGUGGAAACUUUAAGUUCAGAGUGAGGUUAAAACAAUCGAAAGUUCUACCUUCAUGUACAACAGCUUUAACAUUUCUGGCGUUUCAAAGAAUGUAAAGAUAUGUUAGUCGAAUAAUAAAUUUUUGUGCGUAUGUGUGACAGUAGCCACCCUGACGACAGAUUUUUUUGUAAACAUUUAUUAAUCUACAACGUCUGCACUACAAACGAAUGCAAUUUAAUAAUAUGCGUUUAAAAAUUCCUUUUUAAGACAACACUUCU